AUGCAAGUCCCCCGGUCUUUCCACACUCCCUCCCCCGUCGGCCAACGCUCAGGUUCUCCCGAUAUCGUCCCUCCAGAUGGUCCUCUCAUGGCUGCUGCCUUUGAGAGUGGUAUCGAUGCCGUCACCGAACUUUCACUACUAAAGCAACAGGUUCAGGAUGUUGCUCGGGUUUGUACGGCCGUCGCAAACGGUGAUCUCUCACAGAAGAUCGAGGUUCGAGUACAAGGCCAAGUCAUGAUCCAGCUCAAGAACGCCAUCAACACCAUGGUUGACAGGCUUGCCCAAUUUGCUCUGGAGGUUACUCGUGUCAGCCAGGAAGUCGGAACAGAUGGAAAACUCGGAGGCCAAGCCGUCGUUCUGGACGUCGGUGGUACCUGGCGCGAACUCACCAACGUCGUCAACAAUCUCGCCGCAAACUUGACAAACCAGGUCCGGAGUAUAGCCAAAGUCACCAAAGCAGUAGCUAUGGGCGACUUGUCACAAGAAAUCACGGUCGACGCGAACGGAGAAAUACUCGAUUUGAAGAAUACGGUCAACGGAAUGGUGGUACAACUAAGAGCGCUAGCAGCCGAGGUAACGAGAGUCACGUUGGAAGUCGGUUCGAAGGGAGUACUCGGUGGUCAGGCACACGUACCGGACGUCCAGGGCGUAUGGCUAGAUUUGACAAGAAACGUCAAUCGGAUGUGUUCGAGUUUGACGGAUCAAGUGCGCUCCAUCGCCGUCGUCACGACUGCCGUAGCCAAGGGAGACUUGACGCGCAAGAUCGAGAUUCCGGUAGAGGGAGAGAUGGCGACGUUGAAGACGACGGUGAAUUCCAUGGUGGACCAGUUGAGCGAGUUCGCUUCGGAGGUGACGCGUGUGGCGUUGGAUGUCGGGACGAAGGGUAUUCUCGGAGGGCAGGCGAAGGUCGAGGGUGUGCAGGGAACUUGGGCCGAUUUGACGACGAAUGUCAACAAAAUGGCCACGAAUUUGACGAACCAAGUUCGUUCGAUUUCGGAAGUCACGAAGGCGGUCGCGAACGGGAACCUCGAUCAGAUGGUCAAUGUCGACGUACAGGGCGAGAUGCUAGAGCUCAAGUCGACUGUCAAUUCUAUGGUGCUGCAAUUGCGGAUUCUCGCCGAUGAAGUCACUCGUGUGUCGUUGGAAGUCGGCACGCAAGGAAAGUUGGGUGGUCAAGCCGUCGUGCCUGGCGUACAAGGAACUUGGAAGGACUUGGCGAACAAUGUCAACCUAAUGGCCAUGAACUUGACGGACCAAGUGCGCUCUAUCGCACAGGUUACCAAGGCUGUAGCCAACGGUGACUUGACGAAGAAGAUCGAAGUCGAUGUGAAGGGUGAGAUGCUCGAUUUGAAAGCAACGGUGAACGGGAUGACGGAGAGUUUGAGUCUAUUUGCGGACGAGGUGACGAGGGUGGCGAGGGAAGUCGGGACGGAGGGAAGAUUGGGCGGACAGGCCAAUGUCGCGAACGUGAGGGGGACUUGGAAGGAUUUGACCGACAAUGUCAACGUCAUGGCUGCGAACUUGACAACCCAAGUGCGAACUAUCGCAGUUGCUACCACUGCUGUCGCCCGAGGAGACUUGACGCAGAAGGUCACCGGCGUGCCCGUCUCCGGAGAAAUGCUGGAGCUAGUUAACACCAUCAACACCAUGAUUGACCAAUUGUCCAUUUUCGCUUCCGAAGUGAAGAAGGUCGCUCGUGAGGUCGGAACUGAAGGUAAACUAGGUGUCCAAGCCGAGGUCGGUAACGUGCAGGGUAUCUGGCAAGAAAUCACCAUGUCCGUGAACACCAUGGCAGGAAACUUGACGACUCAAGUCCGUGGUUUCGCACAGAUCUCGGCCGCGGCUAUGGAUGGAGACUUCACAAGAUUCAUCACCGUCGAGGCGAGCGGAGAGAUGGACUCGUUGAAGACGCAGAUCAAUCAGAUGGUGUUCAACUUGCGGGACAGUAUCCAAAAGAACACGGCUGCAAGGGAGGCUGCCGAGUUGGCGAAUAAGAGCAAAUCGGAGUUCUUGGCCAACAUGUCACACGAGAUCAGGACGCCAAUGAAUGGUAUCAUCGGUAUGACCGAGUUGACGCUAGACAGCGAGCUGCAAUCCAGUCAGCGAGAGAGCUUGUUGCUAGUGCACAGUCUGGCACGGUCACUACUAUUGAUUAUUGACGACAUCUUGGAUAUCUCGAAGAUCGAAGCCGGACGGAUGACGAUGGAGCAGGUCUACUUCUCGUUCCGCCAAACCGUCUUUGGUAUCCUCAAAACUCUCGUUGUCCGCGCCACCCAGAACAACAUCAACCUCACCUUCGACAUCGACCCAGACAUCCCGGAUCUUCUCAUCGGCGACUCGCUGAGGCUCCGUCAAGUCAUCACUAACCUCGUCGGCAACGCCAUAAAGUUCACGCCAUCGACGAGGUCACCACCAGAGGGAUUGGUCGCGUUGAACUGUAGGCUGCUUGCGUUGGAUGAUGAGGCUGUGACGUUGGAAUUCUGUGUGCAAGAUACGGGUAUCGGUAUCGCGAAGGAUAAGUUGAACCUCAUUUUCGACACGUUCGCGCAGGCAGAUGGGUCGACGACGAGGGAAUACGGAGGCACAGGUCUCGGACUAUCCAUCUCCAAACGUCUCGCAUACCUGAUGCAAGGCAACAUGUGGGUCGAAUCGGACGUCGGGAAAGGAUCCAAGUUUUUCUUCACCAUCACGUCGCAGAUCGGGAGCAUGGAGUUCGAGUCGCUGAGGGCGAAGAUGGAGCCGUUCCAAAACCGGACGGUGCUCUUCCUCGACAAAAACUUCGACACGACGGGGAUCACGAGAUACAUUGAGGAUCUGGGGUUGACGGCGCAUGUGGUGCAUGAUCUGUUGACGUUGAAGGAUAAGAAGAGUUGUCCGCAUAUUGAUACGAUUGUGACGAAUUCGGCUGAGGUGACCGUGCAAGUUCGCGAGCUCAAUCACCUGCGCUACAUCCCGAUCGUGUUGAUGGCUCCUUCGCACGGCGUCUUCCCACUUAACCUCAAAUGGUGCCUCGACAACAGUAUUACCGCGCUGGUCACCGCGCCUGUGACGCAGCAGGACCUUGCCUCCGCCCUAACGUCCGCCCUAGAAUCGAGUACGGUCAACCCGGUCACCGCCGCUGAAGAUACUUCUUACAGAAUCCUGCUCGCGGAGGAUAACACGGUCAACCAGACGAUCGCGGUGCAGAUGUUGCAGAAGCAUGGGAACCAUAAUGUCGAGAUUGCGGACAACGGGGCGAUUGCGGUGGAUAAGUUCAAGACGAGGGUGCGGAGAGGGAAGCCGUAUGAUAUCGUGCUUAUGGAUGUGUCGAUGCCGUUCAUGGGUGGUAUGGAGGCCACGGAGUUGAUUCGUGUCUACGAGGACGAGAAUAACCUUACGCGGACGCCUAUCAUUGCUCUGACCGCUCAUGCUAUGAUUGGUGACCGUGAACGUUGUCUCAAGCAGGGCAUGGACGACCACAUUACCAAACCACUACGGCGAGCAGACCUGUUGGCGUCGAUCGACAAGCUCGCUGGUGCGCGCGCAAAGGCAAGAACGCAACGAACGAACCUGAUUCCGCUAUAUCGAUAA